AGUGUUUUCCUCCAUGGUAUCAUCAAUUCUGUACAAACUCUCAGGACUACACAGCGAUGUUCAAGCUCCAGGCUGAGCUGAUCAUUUCAGAUUAGAGAAGUGCACAAAUGUAUUAUAAAACCAUAGCAGAUGGACAUGUCUAAUUGUGACAAUGUGGGAUCUGCGGAGCCUCAUGGAGUGUCUAAAAUCACUAUCUCUGCUCAGAAUGGAAGCAGUGUUUCAGCGCCUGUAAUUUUAAACUCAACGGUCACAGGAAAUAUUAGUAUUUCUAAUAAUUACUUUCCUGAACCUGCAGCUGAAGUCACAGAUACAAGUACAUUGAUCACUGAUUACAAAAAGUCCCUGCAGUCUGAGUAUGCCUACAUUACAGAAUACACCUCCCGUGCUGGCGAAGAGGUGCUGCUCAGUGACCGUUACAUCGACCCACUGAUUGUUCAAAAACACAGAGAGAAGAAAGAGCGCGAGAAUGAGAUGCGCUCCAGAGGGGAACGAUUCUUCAACACCAGAGAAACCUAUCAGAGAAACCAAAACAUCAGCCUGGAUCAGCUGUUUGGCCGAGAGAACGGCUCCAAAAGAGUGACUCCAAGAGCUGUGAUUCUUCAGGGAGAUUCUGGAAGUGGCAAAUCAAUCACUGCGCAGAAGAUCGUUCUGGAUUGGGCAUCUGGAGAGCUUUACUCUGGACUUUUUGAUGUGGUGUUUCAUCUAAGAUGCAAACAACUCAGUGGGAUCUCAGCUAACAUGAUGAGCUUGUUGGAUCUCCUGGAUUGCAGUUUAACUUCAAAUGAGAUUGCUCAGAUUUUAAAAGACAAAGCUGAUAGGGUCUUGUUCAUCAUUGAUGGCUUUGAUGAACUCCUGCUUUCAGCAUCCAAUGAGCCUUUACCACCAAAACCAAACAUAAAAUCCCAUCCGUUGACAAUUGUUCACUCCCUUCUGAAAGGACGAAUGAUGAGAGACUCGUUUCUGCUUGUCACCACAAGAUCCACAGCUGUAGACAAACUGGAGAUCAUCCUGAAAAAGCCUCAAUGCUUCAUGGAGAUCCUGGGAUUUUCUGAGAAGGGAGUGUGUGAAUACUUUAGAAAGUUCUUUGAGGAUGAAGAGUUUUCCAAUCAAGUGUACGAUCAGGUGAAGAUGCACGACAUGCUCUUCACUGCCUGCUUCAUUCCCGUCAUCUGCUGGAUAAUCUGCACGAUUUUUAAGAGGAAAGGAAAAGAUGGUGUGGUAACUAGCGAGCUGACUACAACUACCUCAAUAUUUGUUGAUUUUGUGCUCACGCUCUUGAAGCAUCAUAGCGAUUUGAGUCAAGAAGAGGAGCUUGACCUUAUCAAGAACUUGGGUCAGCUUGCAGAGAGCGCGACACCAAAACGUCAAAUCCUGUUUUCCAGAAACGAUCUUCCUAAAGCAAUCUCACAUCUGCCAAACAUUCCCUUCCUGUGCACAUUUCGCCAUCAGGAGAGAACUAAUCUGAAGGAGAUGUUCGGGUUCAUGCACCUCAGCUUUCAGGAGUUCUUCAGCGCUCUGUUCUACAUGUUAACAGAUAAGGAGGAGGCCAAAAUAAAAGUCAAAGAACUCCUGGAAUCAGCAGGCAAUGGCAGGCACAGUGAGCAUCUUUUACCAGUCAUUCGGUUUCUUUUUGGUCUUUCGAACAGGAAAGUGAGCCGCUUAAUCCACCAUCCAAAGUCCACGUCUACCACAAUACGUGCAACGCUAACAAAAUGGAUCAGCAAGGUUUUAGUGAAAAACAUCAUGGAUACACGCUACAUGAGUGAUUUCAUUCUUCAUUGCCUCUAUGAGCUCCAUGAUAGCGACACACUGAAAGAAGUAAUGAAGCUGUGGGAGCGUUCAGGCAUUGACAUACACUGGUCUUUGAGAGCGAUCGACUGCCAGGUUGUGAUGUACUGUCUUCAGGAUACUUCACGGAUUGUUAGUAUGGAAGUGAAGUGCAAAGCAAAAGAUCUGAAGGUGCUUCAUCCUGCACUUUACAAGUGUGCAAAUUUAUGGUUGAGGGUUGAUUCCAUGUCUGACUCUGAUGUUGAUUUCCUUACAUCAGCCCUGAGGAAGAAAAAGGAUGUGGGCUAUUUGACAAUGGAAGAUGGAGACCUUUCAGAUGAAAGUAUGUUGAAGAUCCUGAAAACCCUCAGUGGACAAACAUCAGUGGGUAACAUUCGACUAGCACUGAGGAGCAUCAGCGAAAACAAUGUUGAUUUAACCAUGAACUUUCUUAUUAAGGAAAUGAUGGGUAGAAGUUUCAGUGUGUGCAUUGGCAGUCAAGCAGAAAACACCGAUAUGAGUCUUUGUUCAGAGUUCACCAUCGCACACUCAAAUAAAUCCUUCUGGUUCACUGUUGGCCAUUCAGAAGGACAUCCGAGUGAAAAGCAUGGUUGUUAUCAGGGUUUUUCAAAAAUAUCCUUCGCUGUCUGUCCUUUGUCUGAAAUACCCAUGAACGAUUUUUUGAAGACAUCCAAUAACCUCAGUUGCUUCUCGGAUGUGAAUAACACUGAGUUUGGUUUGAAUGUGGACUCUCUGGUCUCAUGGCUGAGUUGUGUUCCUGGUUUAACUGAGAUAGACAUGCAUUCAGAGUACCUGACAGAUAUGUGGGCCUCCAGGAUUCUAUCUUUUCUUCAAGUCAAUCCCAAGAUUUCACAUAUAAAGUUUUUUGUGAGCAACCUGAUUAUUCGUGAUGAGGGAAGGGUCUGUUCAACAUUUUCAGUCUUCAGAAAGCCAUUUGUACUGUACAAGAUGCAUGACAGUGAAAUGAAAAAUCCAUCCCUGACUCUUGCGAUGGACAGAUGGGCUUAUGAUUAUGCGUCUGCUGGCAGUGGUGAGGAUAAAGCAGCCCUGGUGAAGCUCAUGCUCAGUUUUCCUCCUCUCAAAGGCUCUGCUGUUGAUUGGGAGGAUCUUUUCAAAAGGAUUUACCAAAUCAUUCAAUCGACAGAAAAAUGCCCGGAGUUUGAUGAGUAUACAGAUUCUCUACUGAUGUUUCUUCACUCCAUUCCUGGUCUGAAGGAAGUAAAAGUUUGGCUUAACAACCUGAUUGAGAGCUGGGCAGCUGGUCUGUUCUCACUCUUCCUGUCUUGUUCCAGCUUACUUCACGUGCAAUUGAAAACCAGUAUGAGUCUUGCUAAUGAUGUGGAGAGUUUAGGUCUGCUGAGAGAAGAUGAUGAAGUGAGGCUGUCUGUCGGCUGUAACCAUCUGAAUUAUAUAGAUAAUUAUGAUAUUGACCUCUUUAAACCUCCGGAGCACAAAGUUCUUCCCUGCGUCACCCUCACAGUGACAGAUGAGCCUGAGAAUGCAAACGCGGACUGGAAUAGAUUCUUUCAGGCCUACAACCAGCUGAAAGACUUGACUGAGUGUUCUCCAGAGUAUGAUCAGAGUAUGAGUGAUCUACUCUCCAUUCUACAUUCAGUCUCUGGUUUGAAGAAGGUGGAUCUUAAUUGUAGAUUCAUGACUGUUAAUGGAGCGUCCAGAGUCCUGGAUCUCAUUCAAAUGAACCCCAGUCUAAAUACAUUGAGUUUUUUGACUUCUGAGUUGCCUGAGUCAAAUAAGGUGAACAUCAAGAUGGACUACAGGAAUAAAUUCUACAGUAUCAAUAAGACAAGUGAAGAGGACAGUGAUUCAGAAGGAUCAAAUAAGAUUCGGUUUUCAUCUGCAAGACAGAUUUCAGAUGAUAGUGAUGAAGACAGCAUGUCCUCAUCUCUCAGCGACUGCAGCGAUGAAAUUAAUGAUUCUGAUGAGCUGGACAGCGUAGAGCAGAUUCAUGGCUUAGAAAUCAGGAUGAGGAAAACUGUGUCUGGGCAAAGCAGUGUAUUUCUGAAGUGCAGUGGCUCCAGUCCUGGCACACAGUCUCUACUGUCACGCAUAGAGCUCACACUGUCGGAAAACAUGGGAAAAGCUAACAGCGACUGGGAAACUUUCCUACAAGCAUAUAACAAAUGCAAAGGGAUCUCAGCAAGUAGUCCUGCAUUAAAUGAGAGUGUGGGCGCUCUGCUGGCAUCGCUGGACUCUGUCUCUGGUCUGAAAGAGCUGCAGUUGACCAUAGGAAUCCUGUCUGAAACGUGGCCCCCAAAGAUCUUCUCACUGUGUCACACGUGCUCCAGUCUACAUCACAUCUGUUUGCAGGUGGAACAUGAUAAGAAAUACAGUCUGCUCAAUGCAUGCUCCUCUCUCAGCAUCACCAGAAACACCACAGACUCUGUCUGGACUGUUGCAAUUAAUUUGCCCCGUGAUGCCAUGAUAGAAAUAUCUCCAUCAUUUAUUUCAUUCACAUUUCCAUGUUCAGAGAUUUCUAAACUGGAUGCACAGUAUCUCUUUGAAACUCUUGGCUUUCUUAAAGGUUUUGAUGAAAGUUAUGAGGAGCAUGAAGAGCUUGUGGGCAAUUUGAUAUCAGCUGUGCUCUUCGUUCCUGGUCUGCAAAGGGUCGAAUUCAAGAUCAGCAAUCUAACAGAUAGCUGGGUGAGCAGGAUUCUGUCUUUACUGGAAGUCUGUCCCGGUCUACAGGUGAUCAGAUUUGACUGCAUAGAAAGCAAUGGCAUAUUGUUGGAAGAUGUUGUGAGGAUUUUGCAGAGCUCCCAGAUGAAUUCAAUUUGCAGGAUCAUCAUCACAGGGAUGAAGUGCAGUAAAGCAUCCAGUGAUGGGAAAGUCAAUGUCACCUUCUGCAGAGACCCUCUCUCAAAGCUGCUCACAAUACAUAACAUUAAACCACAAGACAAGCAUGGUGAUGAUGAUGACUUCGAGGAGCUUGAGGAUGAAGACUUUAUUGUUCUUUAGAGAAGAUGAGUCCUAUAGACAGCUGCUACUGUUAUGGAUGGAGCUAAUAUUAAUAUCACGUCCACUACAUGUAAAGCUGCACAGUUCAGAACUGGACCAGUUUGAGUUUACAGCCAGGACUGGAGCUUCCACUUCAUCUGAAACACACACAUUAAAGUGUUUACAUUCUACACAUGGUUAAAAUCCACAAGCCUAAUUCGUUUUUUUCUCAGUGUAUCUGUUUAUGAAGUUUAAACAUACUAAGCAACAGCACACUUACCAAUAACUGAAACUUUGCAUGUAAGAAUAUCUUUGUUCAAUUUUCCACUUAUUCUUGCUGUGUAGAGUCCACUGUCUAUCUUCUGUGUGUUCUUCAAUGUCAGAGAGAAGCUUGUAUCAUUGAAAUACACUCUUUCUUUGUAGGAAUCGUAAAACUUAAAUUUUUUAUCGUCAUAAUUAUAUUUAACUAUAGAUUCUGAUUUUUCAUCUAUCCAGAAUAAAUGCUCAAACUCUGGUAGUUGUUGUGUCUGUAUAUCCAGUUGAACAGAAUCUCCAGUCUGCACAAACACAGAGAUCUCAGCACUGAACCCUGAGGAGAGAGAGAGAGGGAGAAGUCCUACCAGAAAAUCACAAACAUACACGACAACUUUA